CUUACGAUAUACUACACUGAGGGGUAAGAGGGUUUAAGUUCAAUGGAAACGGUGCUUCCUCGCGUUGGCCUCGGCCUCUGCACUCCGCGCCCAAUCCACCCUUCCCGAAAGCCCAACAAACUCCGUUCCUCCUCCGCCUCCCGCGGCGGCGGCUCCCUAUCUGCUACCUGUGCCACCAGCAAAUGGGCGGAGCGCCUCAUUUCCGACUUCCAAUUCCUCGGCGACGCCACCUCGAGCGCCGCCGCCCUGAGCCCAUCCAUCCCGCCGCGACUCGACCCUCCCGAGCGCUACGUGUCGAUCCCGCUCGACCUUUACCGCGUCCUCGGCGCCGAAUCGCACUUCCUCGGCGACGGCAUUCGCAGGGCCUACGAAUCCAAAUUCUCGAAGCCUCCACAGUACGCGUUCAGCAACGACGCUUUAAUAAGCCGCCGCCAAAUCCUCCAAGCCGCGUGCGAAACCCUAGCCGACCCUGCUUCUAGAAGAGAGUACAACCAGAGCCUCCUCGACGACGAGGACAACGCCAUUCUCACUCAAAUCCCCUUCGACAAGGUUCCUGGAGCGUUGUGCGCGUUGCAGGAAGCUGGAGAGACGGAGCUUGUGCUGGAGAUUGGGCAGGGUUUGCUUAGGGAGAGGUUGCCGAAGACGUUUAAGCAGGAUGUUGUGUUGGCUAUGGCGCUGGCUUUUGUUGACGUGUCGAGGGACGCUAUGGCUUUGUCUCCGCCGGAUUUCAUUGCGGCCUGUGAGAUGCUCGAGAGAGCAUUGAAGCUUUUGCAGGAAGAAGGGGCAACCAGCUUAGCUCCAGAUUUACAAGCACAAAUAGAUGAGACGCUAGAAGAGAUAACCCCACAUUGUGUCUUGGAACUUUUAGCCUUGCCUCUUGAUGAUGAACAUCGAGUGCGGAGGGAGGAAGGUCUUCUAGGUGUUCGUAACAUUUUGUGGGCAGUUGGAGGAGGGGGCGCAGCAGCAAUUGCUGGGGGUUUCACACGUGAAGACUUCAUGAAUGAGGCAUUCUUACACAUGACAGCGGCUGAACAGGUUGAACUUUUUGUAGCCACUCCAAGUAAUAUUCCAGCUGAAAGUUUUGAAGCAUAUGGAGUUGCACUUGCACUGGUUGCACAGGCCUUUGUGGGUAAAAAGCCACAUCUUAUCCAAGAUGCUGAUAACUUGUUCCAACAACUUCAACAGACUAAGAUUACAACUGUGAGGAAUGCACCCUCUGUUUAUACUCCCAAGGAGAAGAGAGAGAUUGAUUUUGCUUUAGAAAGGGGCCUCUGUGCACUGCUUGUUGGGGAGCUUGAUCAAUGUCGGUCAUGGUUGGGACUAGAUACUGAUAGCUCUCCUUAUAGAAACCCAUCAAUUAUAGAAUUUAUUAUGGAGAAUGCAAAGGGGGAUGAAGACAGUGAUCUUCCUGGACUCUGUAAAUUGUUGGAGACAUGGCUGAUGGAGGUGGUUUUUCCCAGGUUUAGAGAUACAAAAGAAACCAGAUUCAAGCUUGGAGAUUACUAUGAUGACCCAACAGUGCUGCGAUAUCUAGAGAGGCUGGAGGGUGUUGGCCGUUCACCCUUAGCUGCUGCUGCAGCCAUAGCGAAAAUUGGAGCUGAGGCUACUGCUGUCAUUAGCCAGGUCCAGGCUAGUGUAAUAAGUGCAUUGAAAAAGGUAUUUCCUGUUCGUUCUGAAGGUCAAAUUGUGAAACAUCAAGAAAAUGGUGAGAAGGAUGAUUUUGGCUUUUCUGAAAGUGUGAAUCCUCUGAUAUUAUCAGAUCGGGAUUCUUCAGCCAAUAUUGAGGUUCCUGGAAUAAAAAAUACUGCCGAGACCAGUGAAGGUGAAAUUAUUACCGAUGAAAUUAAAAAUGCUAGUGUGCAGAUCAUGUGUGCUGGUGUUGUAAUUGGACUUGUAACUAUGGUUGGUUUAAAAGUUUUACCUGCUAGGAAUGGAUCGCCGACGCAUAGUAAUAUGACUGGUUCAGCAAUAGCAUCAGAUACUAUCAACUUAGGUUCCUUGGCAGAUGAAGAAAAAGGAGAGCAACUACCAAAAAUGGAUGCAAGGAUUGCAGAAGAUCUAGUUCGCAAGUGGCAAAGUAUAAAAUCCCAAGCUUUUGGACCUGACCAUUGCCUAGGAAGAUUGCAUGAGGUAUUGGACGGUGAGAUGUUGAAGAUAUGGACAGAUCGUGCAGCUGAGAUUGCAGAGCGUGGUUGGUAUUAUGACUACACCUUGGAGGACCUCAACAUCGAUAGUGUGACCAUCUCACAGAAUGGGAGGCGUGCAGUGGUGGAAACAACUCUUAAAGAGUCUACUCACCUCAACGCCGUAGGUCAUCCACAACACGAUGCUUCUAACAGCAGAACCUACACAACAAGAUAUGAGAUGUCUUUCUCAGGUCCAGGGUGGAAAAUUGUUGAAGGAGCUGUCCUUGAGUCGUAAGUAGAUUAUUUAACUCGUAUGUAUAUUAAUCAGGUUAUCACACUUUAACUUCAUCUACUGCCUUAUGUGUAAUUUUUUUAUUUUAAACCUUGUGCGCUUUUCAAGCACGUUCAUAGGCUAGAUGUAAAUACUCGCGGUGUCUGCCGUUACGAUUGUCUUUCAUUUACCUGCAUUCGUUUGGGAGGAUGGAAUAAAAUAAAAAUGAGAUAAAAUGAA